AUGUCUUCUGCCGUUGAUACCAUAGAGACUAAACCUUACCAAGAUCAGAGGCCUGGUACUUCUGGUUUGCGUAAGAAAACCAAGAUUUUCGAAAAGGAACCCCACUACACGGAGAAUUUCAUCCAAUCUAUAAUAGAAGCCAUUCCAGAGGGAGCUAAAGGAGCGCUGCUUGUUGUGGGUGGUGAUGGCCGUUACUACAAUGAUGUUAUUUUGAAUAAGAUUGGCGCCAUUGCUGCCGCAAAUGGUGUAAGUAAGCUGGUUAUUGGUCAUAAAGGACUGCUUUCGACUCCUGCGGCCUCUCAUAUAAUCAGGACGUAUAAGGAUGACAACGGAAAGAAGGUUACUGGUGGCAUAAUUCUAACGGCUUCACAUAACCCUGGUGGUCCAGAAAAUGACCUUGGUAUCAAAUAUAAUUUGUCAAACGGUGGUCCAGCACCAGAAUCUGUUACGAACGCCAUUUGGGAGGUCUCCAAAAAAUUGACUUCUUACAAAAUAGUACGUGAUUUCCCAAAAAUUGACCUGGAAACAAUUGGUGAACGUAAAUACGGUCCGCUGUCAAUUGAUAUCAUUGAUACCACUACAGCCUAUGUCGAACUAUUGCGGGAAAUUUUUGACUUUGAUUUGAUCAAGAAAUUCGUUAUGAAUCAACGUAAGACCAAAAAUUGGAAGCUAUUAUUCGAUGCUUUGAACGGUGUUACAGGCCCGUAUGGUAAAGCUAUUUUUGUUGAGGAAUUGGGGUUACCGGAAGCUGAAGUCUUGCAAAACUGCCACCCAAAACCAGAUUUUGGCGGAAUUCAUCCCGACCCAAAUUUGACGUAUGCAAGAACGUUAGUCGAUAGAGUUGAUAAAGAGCAGAUAGAAUUCGGUGCUGCCUCAGAUGGUGACGGUGAUAGAAAUAUGAUUUACGGUUGUGGGCCUGCUUUUGUCUCUCCCGGUGAUUCGGUUGCCAUCAUUGCGGAGUAUGCGCCUGAGAUUCCAUAUUUUGCUAAGCAGGGUAUUUAUGGUUUAGCACGUUCAUUUCCGACAGCAAGUGCUAUCGAUCGCGUUGCUGCUGCAAACGGUUUGAACUGUUACGAAGUCCCAACUGGAUGGAAAUUUUUCUGUGCUUUAUUCGACGCCAAGAAGUUAUCUAUCUGCGGGGAAGAAUCCUUUGGUACUGGUUCUAACCAUGUUAGAGAGAAAGACGGUGUUUGGGCCAUUGUUGCUUGGCUAAAUAUUUUGGCAAUUUAUAACAAGCAUCAUCCUGAAAAUGAAGCGUCGAUCAAGACUAUACAAGAUGAAUUCUGGUUAAAGUAUGGUCGUGUUUUCUUCACUCGUUAUGAUUUUGAACACGUUACGAAUGAGAAGGCUGAUGAAAUUGUUAAACAUUUGAAUAAGUUCGUCACGACUUCUAAUGUUAAAAAUUCUAAAUUCCCCACUGAUCCUUCUUUAGUAGUGGUUGAUGCCGGUGACUUCGAAUAUACUGAUCUCGAUGGUUCAGUUUCUUCGAAUCAAGGUUUGUACGUCAAAUUUUCUAAUGGUGCAAGAUUCGUAUUGAGACUAUCUGGUACAGGAUCUUCGGGUGCAACUAUAAGAUUGUACAUCGAAAAAUACUCAGAUGAUAAGUCUACCUACCAUUUGACGGCUGAAGAGUACUUAAUGCCGAUCAUAAAGGCUGUGACGAAGUUUUUGAACUUCCAAGAAAUUCUGGGUACUACUGAACCAACCGUCAAAACAUAA